GUUAAAACACCAGCAUGGGAGGAAGUGAUAUUCUUAUAUGCAUAAUUGAAUAAAACGCUAUAUUGCAUUAGCAAAAAAGGACAGAUCCUUGCCACAUUGAGCGUUUUGUUGCACAGGAAGGAAAGAAUUAAAGGAGAGAGGCCAAGAGAAAAGUGUACACCUGAGUGUCUAACACCUACCCAAGUCAUGAGGAAAGCCUGAAGCACUAGAGACAUGGAGCCAAGACAAAGAUAGUAUCUCAGACAACAGACAGAUAAGACCAUACUGAUAAAAGGAAUACUAAGUGACUGCCUAAGCAGAGUUCAACAAAGGAUGUCACUUGUUAGCCAGGAAUAAUUAAGAAGAAGAAAGAAUAAGUCACAUUUUCUAAUUUCACUGCUGAUGCUCCAUAUUGGAAUAAACAGUUGCUGACUGUUAGAAUUCAUUUCCAUUGUGAUGGCAGCGCUCUGUGAAAAGAGAUUGCAGUUGAAAGUGAGGAAGUUCAAGUGUUACGACAAGAAGGAAUAAAAAACCAUUGGUCUGGCUUGAUAACAUGCACACUAGAACAUCUAAUUGUAUCUAAUGUGAUGGUGUGUUGAGAUAGUCCUCCCUCCAGCUGGUUACACUUCUAAUGAGUAUGGAUGACAUAUACUAGCAGCCUGUACAGUCCCUAGGGCCUUGUUAUGUGCAGCUCAUGGGAAAACUUGUCAGCAAGCCUCCUGUUUUUCCUUGAUGUAUGAAUAAUGAGAAGUGAUAAUAUGUAUUACUGCUGAAGUGGACUUUCUGUGUUUCUUACCCAGAAAUUGAAACUUUUUGGACACAAAUUCAUGGAAUUACUCAAGGUUGUUGGUAUGUGAAUACACUGACAUUUAUAAGAUUAAACGAAAGGUAUAUCAUAUAUCACCUGUCCUAGAUGGAGGGAGAACAUUUUAAGAGACAUACAAAGAAACAUUUGUAUUGUUCUGGAUUUGGCAGAAAAAGGGCAUGUUACUUCCAGUGACAUGGAUGGCUUGUGACAUCUUUUUUUUGGAAACACCCUGAUGAAGAAUUGAGCAAGUUGCCUAUGCUUGACUACUGGAACUAAAUAAUGCUCUCUCUGGUUACAAGGAGUGGAAUGGAUACGUGAGCUUAGAAGAAGAAAAUACCAAGUAUUGAAAUACACUGUGGUUAAGAAUGAACAGUUAAGUUCGCAAACAAGAUUUACUUGAUUACUUACUAGAUGUAUUUGAACAUGUUACUACAGGUCAAGGGAAACUAGACAGGAAUGCUGGUUACACGUUGCGAGCUCGAUUUUUUUAAUGUCAUCCAAAUACCAACAGAUUGUUUGACAUUUAAAAAUAAUAGCAACUGAGCAAUUGAGAUAGAUGAUCUUUUUCAGUAGGGAGUGACAGUUUAUAACAUUUUUAGCAGAGAAUUGUGAAUAUGGACCAGGUAUCAGAUGACAAAGUCACCUGAAAAUUACAGAAAUAAGCCGUGAAAUCUACAUUCGAGAAUAAUGGAAAGAGAGUGAUUGAGAUAAUGAAACUUUAUCCGUGAUGGGAAAUGACUGAAAAUCACUUUUUUUGUCACACAAUUGUUGACCUGUGAUCAGAUGACGCAAGUUGUGCCACUUUUGGAUUGAUUAUAAAUACAUUAGCUUAUAUAAGGAAUAACUUCCUCUGGUAAGCUAAGCGCUGGCAAAUUACAAUGAAGCCUAGCUUAGGGGACCAAGUUCUCAUCUUCUUAGCAACAUUAUGCUUGGCCUCCUGUCGAUUGUCAGAAGCGGACGAUGGAAAUUUACGUGCAAAUACCUCUACCCUGGAGUUCCGAUUUGUCAACUAUGUAACACAUGAACCCUCAAUAAUCCAAUCUCCACAAAGCAAGAAGGCUCCAAAUGGAGGUAUUGUGAGCUUCUUUUGCAAGGCCAGUGGGAACCCUGCACCAGAUAUAAAAUGGCAGAAAAAUGGAAACGAUUUGGGUACCUCAAAGCAACGCUACCUGGUAUUUGAUAUGCCAUUUGGGUCCGUCUUGAGGAUAGAGCCGGUGAGACAGAGAAGAGAUGAUGCUAUGUUCACAUGCACGGCCACCAAUGGGGUGGGAGAGGCAGCCUCUGCUCAAGCACAGUUGACGGUAUAUCCCAAUGAUAUGGAGAUGCCACGCACAGCUCCAAAAAUUGUAGUCCAACCCAACCUGAAGUCUGUAGAGAAGGACCGGCCUGCCAGUAUGCAGUGUGCAACAGAGGGGACUCCCCCACCUAGGAUAUACUGGCUAAAGGACUAUAUACCAGUGGAUAUCUCAGACCCUAGGAUAACUGUCUCGGAAUCUGGCACGCUCAAUAUUAUGAACAGCCGAAAAUCAGAUCAAGGGAAAUAUGAAUGUGUUGCAGAGAAUGAAGCUGGAGUGGCCUAUUCCUAUGCUGCCAAUCUAUAUGUGAGAGUACGUAAUGUGGCUCCUCGUUUCUCCAUCCAGCCCCCAGAAAUGUUGGAUGUGAUGCCAGGAGGGGACAUCAACAUCACCUGUGUUGCUGUGGGUUCUCCAAUGCCUGUCGUCAGGUGGAAGUUAGGUGUCACAGAUCUAGCCCCAGUGGCUGAUGCCCCCUUGGGAAAGAAUGUUCUCAUCCUGAAGGACGUUCAACAAUCUGCAAAUUAUACUUGCUUUGCAGCUUCUGAUUUGGGCAAUAUCGAAGCUAUUACUCAGGUCAAGGUCAAAGCGCUUCCCAAUCCUCCUGUUCACCUCGAGAUAUCCGAGGUCACAGCCACAUCUGUUAAACUUAGUUGGGAUGAAGGAAACAAUGAUCCCAUAGACAGUUAUAUUAUCAACUAUAAGCCCAAGUAUAAGCAAGGUGUGGAAAGCAAAUCAAUAUCAGGCAUUGUAGAAACUGAACACACUAUUACUGGCCUGGUCUCUUAUACCAUCUAUGAGUUCAGAGUAGUAGCAGUCAACAAUAUUGGGCGAGGGAGACCCAGUGAGCCAAAAGAGUGUACAACUGGGGAACAACAGCCCAGUACACCUCCACGCAAUGUCCGAGCCCGUCCAUUGAGCACUAGCACACUAUAUGUCCAGUGGGAUGAGCCAGAAAUACCUAAUGGACUCAUCUUGGGAUACCAGGUGUACUACACCCUGAAAGAGGAAGGCGAGAACUUGGCCGAAAGACCUUAUUACACAUGGCAAAACAUGGCAGUUACUGAUAAGGUAGCCAAUAUUCGUAACCUGUCUCCAAACAGGACAUAUGUUGUCUGUGUCCUGGGAAGAACCAGUGUUGGCGAUGGACCUCCGUCAGAGUAUGUUGAAGUCCUAACAAGACAAGGAGUGCCAGAGCAACCUAGGAAUUUACAGACGGAGGUACGAGGCCCAGACCAGAUUUACGUUACCUGGGAAAAACCGGAGAAUUCUGACGACAUUAUCACAAGUUAUGAGUUAUAUUACCAAUCUCCAUCAAGGGGGAAGGUCCGUGUGACCAUUCAGCCCCCAGUGGAGAGUUACCUGUUGGAGGAUCUAAUCCCAGCCACGGUAUACAACAUCCAUGUCCUUGCUAAAUCAGAGAGGGGGACAGGACCUGAGAGCCCUGUAGUCCAAGCAACGACGCAGGAGUUCACCCCCUCUGCCCCUCCACAAGAUGUCACCGGCGAGAUAGAGGGAGCCACUGCUAUCAUCAUCAAAUGGAGUCCACCUCCUCUCAAUGCCCGGAAUGGGCAAAUUACAGAAUACAAAAUCCGCUAUGUGGAAACUGAAAGUGGCCAACAACUGCAGGAGGCGUCAGUGGUCACUGUGCUUGGAGAAAAAGACAGUGUGGUCAUACGCAAUCUAAAAAUUUGGACCAAGUACACAAUAUGGGUACAAGCAGCCACUAGAGUGGGCCCAGGCCCCAACUCUGUCCCUAUUGUAGUUCGAACUGAUGAAGCUGUCCCAGGCAGGCCUGAGCGGGUUAGAGUGGAAACUGUCAACUCCACUGCCAUCCGGGUGAGAUGGAGCUCACCGGCUCCAGACAAACGAAAUGGCAUCAUCCGCGCCUAUGUAGUGAUCUACGGAAAAAUAGACAUCAGCAGCAUGCAGUUAAUAGGGAGCAGGAAGCGCCACACGAUCAGCGGUGGUCAGGUGACAGAAACGGUCAUCACUGGACUGCAACCGGAUUCUUCCUACAAGUUCCAGGUGGCUGCAGUGACUGGGAAGGGAGAUGGCAUUUAUAGCAAGGGGAAAAUUGCUAAGACAUUAGGGGCAGUCCCAGAAAGACCACGUUCCUUCAGAGUAAAUUUAAUCAACGAAGAUCCGCCCAUGGUGCAGCUGGUAUGGCAGCGACCUAGGAAUAUCUAUGGAGCUCUGCAGGCGUAUAAGUUGGAGUACGGAAAAGUUGGUUCUGACAAAUUUGAGACUAUAGCACUUGAAGCUGAACAGUACCAGCGCACAGUAACGUCACUAGAUCGUGGUGCUGAAUACGAGUUCCGACUGUCAGCCAGAAACACUGUCGACUAUGGCGAAAAGGCAGUACAGAAUAUCAAAACACCAGAUUCUGUACCCUAUGGAUACCCAAUGAACUUCACCAUGAGCGCCAAGACUAGCACAGUGGCUCAGUUGAGCUGGAAGCCACCUCCAGCUGACCAGUGCAAUGGCAGGAUCAUCAUGUAUGAAAUAGAGUAUUACAAGAAGCUGGACGACAUCAAUUCCUUCUCAUUGAACGUAUCACAAAUGGAGACUGAAGUGUCUGGGUUGGAAACCAACGAAGUCUACUUGUUUCAAAUCAAGGCCUACACCAGCAAAGGACCAGGGCCAUGGAGCCCUAAAUAUCAGUUUAAGACAUAUAAACAAUUGCCUGCAGCACCCACCAACAUUAAACUUCGUCGCACAUCUCACUCCACUAUCCAAGUGACGUGGAAUGCCCCCAACUUCCCCAUCAAGGGUUAUAGAAUAUUCUAUAGCUCUUUCCCCAACAGGGACAUGGAUCUGUGGACCAAAAAGACUAUCCCGCCAGUGACUGCCACUGACUUGAUUCAGUUAACUGACAGUUGUUACUAUGUGCGCGUCCAGGCCCAGUCGCUGGAUGGAAGAUUUGGAAACCUGUCCGAUCAAGAAGAAAAUUGUGAGCAGCCUCCAGAAAUCCCCCAGUGUGUCCGCUCCUUCACAGCAGUGGACACUAGCUCAGAUUAUGUAGUCUUGGACUGGGACCCUCCACUUACACCAGGUGUGGUGAAGUAUAAGAUCUUGUACGAAGGUAGCCAGAGGGACAUUCUUGUCCAUCCUAGGUCAGAAAUAACUGUGCGCAACCAGGAACGGGUCAAAAUCAGCGAGCUGUUUCCUGAGACUCGCUACACUUUCAACAUCAGCGCUCAGUUCUUAGAUGGGUCACUUGGGCCAUAUGUAUACACUUUGGCUGAAACACAGAGAGGAGUCCUUGAACGUCCACAAUUCCGAAAAAUGAAUGAGGAUAAAACCAUAGGAUUCCAGCUGAAAUCUCGUAGUCGUAUCGGCAAGGUGGACUAUUACUGGGUUGUUGUGGUGCCCAAGUCCCACUUUGACAUCAAGGAACCCAAUGAAUUUGAAGAGAAUGAGCUGCAGAGUGAUAUCAGUCCAGCCUACAUUGCAGCCCAGUUUGAGGGAAAUAAUCUGCCAGACAUGUUUUCUUUGAGUGAUGGAAACAUGUAUGGGAAUUACCGAAACAAAAGGCUAGAUGAGAAUGAAGAAUAUAAGGUCUUUCUACGUGCAGUGACAACCGAAAAUGAGGUCACGUCCAGUGACUACUCUGAGCCAUUCAGCCUGAAGAGAGGGGUGCCCCCCAGGAGAAGCCCUCUGACCCCUGCUGGAGGAGGUUUUAUCUGGAUUGUGGGGGUAGUUGCAGCAGUCAUUCUCCUCAUUAUCUUCAUUGUGAUCGUCUUCUUUGUUGUCAGGAGAAAAUCAAAGAGGAAAGAGAAGGCUCCGGAGCCUACCAAAGUAUUUGUUGAUCCAACACCCCCAGGGCCACAACACCCUACAGACCCUGUAGAGAUGAGACGGAUGAAUUUCCAGACACCAGCCAUGAUCAGCCACCCACCUAUCCCAGUAGAACAGCUGGCUGAACACAUAGACAGACUGAAGGCGCAGGACAACCUGAAGUUCUCUCAGGAAUACGAGUCAAUAGAACCAGGGCAGCAGUUCACAUGGGACAACUCCAACUUGGAGGUCAACAAACCCAAGAACCGCUACGCCAAUGUCAUCGCUUAUGACCACUCCCGGGUGAUCCUUCAGCCUCUAGAUGCCAUCACAGGCAGUGAUUAUAUUAACGCCAACUACAUGGAUGGGUACAGGAAGCAGAAUGCCUAUAUUGCAACCCAGGGUCCACUGCCGGAGACUUUCUGUGACUUCUGGCGUAUGGUGUGGGAACAGAGGUCAGCCACAAUUGUGAUGAUGACAAAACUGGAGGAGAGGUCAAGGAUCAAGUGUGACCAGUACUGGCCACUCCGCGGCACAGAGAACUAUGGCGUGAUGCAGGUGACCAUACUGGACAUCAUGGACCUGGCCACCUACACCAUACGCACCUUCCAGCUGUCACGGCAGGGCUAUCCAGAGAAGAGGGAAGUGAAGCAGUUCCAGUUUACAGCCUGGCCAGAUCAUGGGGUGCCGGAUCACCCCACACCUCUACUGAUGUUCAUGAGGAGGGUGAAAGCUAGCACACCUCCAGAUUCAGGGCCCAUGAUCACACACUGCAGUGCUGGUGUUGGAAGAACAGGUGCUUUUAUUGUCAUAGAUGCCAUGUUAGAGAGAAUACGCCAUGAAAGAACUGUCGACAUCUAUGGUCACGUCACAUGCUUAAGAGCACAGAGAAACUACAUGGUGCAAACAGAAGACCAGUAUAUAUUCAUUCACGAUGCCCUUCUGGAGGCAGUCACCUGUGGAAAUACAGAGAUUCCUGCCAGGAAUUUGUACGCACAUCUCCAGAAACUCACACAGCCAGAGCCAGGGGAGACAGUCACAGGAAUGGAAUUAGAAUUCAAGAGGCUAGCUCACACCAAGGCCAACCCUUCCAGGUUUGUCAGCGCCAAUCUUCCAGUGAACAAAUUCAAGAACAGAUUAGUCAAUAUCCUUCCAUAUGAAAACACCAGGGUGUGUCUCCAGCCAAUUCGAGGAGUUGACGGCUCAGAUUAUAUUAAUGCAAGCUAUAUUGAUGGUUAUAGGUACCGAGGUGCCUACAUUGCCACACAGGGUCCCCUGGGGGAAACCACAGAGGACUUCUGGAGAAUGUUGUGGGAGCAUAACUCUACAAUCAUUGUCAUGUUGACAAAACUCAGAGAAAUGGGAAGGGAGAAAUGUCACCAGUACUGGCCCAGUGAGAGAUCUGCCAGGUAUCAGUAUUUUGUGGUGGACCCCAUGGCGGAGUAUAACAUGCCUCAGUAUAUCCUGAGAGAAUUCAAGGUCACAGAUGCCAGAGAUGGCCAGUCGCGGACCAUCCGUCAGUUCCAGUUCACCGACUGGCCAGAGCAAGGAGUGCCCAAGUCUGGGGAAGGGUUCAUAGACUUCAUUGGACAGGUGCACAAGACAAAGGAACAGUUUGGACAGGAUGGACCUAUAUCAGUGCACUGCAGUGCUGGCGUGGGUCGCACCGGUGUGUUCAUAGCCCUGAGUAUAGUCCUGGAGAGGAUGAGAUAUGAGGGCGUGGUGGAUCUCUUCCAGACAGUCAGAAUGCUGAGAACACAGAGGCCAGCCAUGGUACAGACAGAGGACCAAUAUCAAUUCUGCUACCGUGCUGCACUGGAGUAUUUGGGCUCAUUUGACCACUAUGCAAAUUGAACUGCUGAUAGAAAACUCAACCGACGGGAUGUUUCAAUAGUUGAAGAAUAGGACAACACACAUUAGAUAUUGAGCCUUUGAUUACUAUGCAGUCAAGGAUUCAAGAGUCUUUGUGAUUCCCAAAUUGAUAAAAUGUGUGAGGACAAUCACUGGUAUUGACAGAACCAUCACAAAAAAUAUGAUGUACUUGAUCUCAGAAUGAUAGAAAUACAGGAUUAUUAACCAAGCAGAAUUUUAAAAUAGAUACCCUCAUUGAGAUCAUGCAGCUUAGUCUGGAUUUUAGACCCCCAGUGGAUAACAGUACAAGGGAUUGAUGUACCUCUCGAGACUGCAACAUAUCAGAACAUGGAAUAAAGAGAGUUCAGUUUCUUUUAAAAGAUUAUGUCACAAUGCAUAAGGUUACAAAAAAAUGAAAACAAACUUGGAAACCGUAGUUCUUGUUGUUGAAGAGCCAGUAGAAUUAAUUUAGAAAAAAAAAAUAAACAGGGAAUCUGCAUAGUAUAUUUCAUAAAACCUGGGCUGUGUCUAAUUACCUGGAGAUACAUGUGUGUGGUCGCAAGGUUGCAGAGAAUGCAAUAGCACAAAUGUGAUGUAUAUAUCUAUCUAUAAGUAUAUCCAUGUGAACAACAUAUCUAGGAGUCUGUGCAACAUGUGCCAAGAAAAUGCACUGAAGUUGAGACUGAAGGACUGAGUUAUACAUUACAUGUUGGACUGAGUUAAACGUUAUGGAUGGAGGUUCACAGAUUGAUUUAUCAAGAUGUUAUUUUCUCAUUUAAACUCCUACACGCCCAAUGGGACGUAUAUGUAGCAAACGCAUUUGAAUUUGUAAGUAACUUGAUUGAAGGGCAGUGUCAACUGGCCAUUGCAAAUCUCCCCAUUGUGGAGGAUUUGCAGUACAGAGUGAAGAGAUCCCCAAAAAAUUCUCAUUUCCAAUGCUGAGUCCUUUGCUACAAUAUGGGAUACAGCCUAAAUGUUGAUGGCCAUGUUGCCUUGAAGCCCCAGUCAUCAUUACUGUGGUGUAUCUAUUGUAAAUCCUGUAGAUGGGGCAUGUGUGUUGAGUAGUGACAUUUUAGACUGCUGUAGUAGUAACCAUAAAACUUUCUAUCCACCUGAGCAAAACGGACCAUGUGUUGGUUAAUGAAUAUAGAAGUGGCAUUAUUUGGAGGGAUUUUCUCAGAGAAGAUAUAGAUAAUUAGGUUCUGUGGAUUUUGUAGUAUUUUCUUUUCACAAAGGUGCUGCCCGUGUAACUUAAAAUUGAGUAGGACAUGUAACAGUUUCAUAACCACCACUUCAUCAUAUCAAGAGUACAUAGCAAUUCAUUAUAUACUGUAAUGUAACAAAACAAUACCCUAUUAUUCUGCAUGUUAUGUUAUAUUGUUAAUAUGUGUUGCUUAUAGGUGGGAGGGGGAUAUGAAAUGCAGGUUGAAAACCUUGUAAAUGAAUGAUUUCUGUUCCCAGAUGGUAAUUCUCACUUGUCAACGUAUGUAAUUUUAUGUAUCUUGGGGGUUUGCAUUUGGUGCAACAACUGAUCUAGUAACUGAGCUCAAAUUGUAAAGUUUUUUUAUAAAAACAUUGGUGUAAGUAAAAUAUAUUUACUGAGGCUAACUCUGCAAAAUACAUUCAUUAAAAGGAAAUAAUAAUAAGCACACAUAUGAUAUUGCAAAUCGUAUUAUUCUGAACCAGUAAUGUAGGAAUAUUUUUUGAGCAUGGCAUCACUAUUGCUUCAAUAUUGCUGCACACUUUGGUGGCCGCCUUUGUCUUAUGGUUUAAAAGAGGGAGUAAAUAGUUCAACAGUAUUAAAACCCCUUUGUACAUGUUCAGUUUUCAGAUUGUAUUAUCAUGAAUUUAAAAGAAUCUGUAAUAUUCCUUUGAUUUAAUAUUAUUUUGUACAUUGUAAUGGUAGGGAGAAUAAUGAGAUGUAUAUGUACAUAAAUGUCCCAUUUGCUUCAGCUGCUUUGCCCAAAGUUUUUUAUACAAAGCUCUUUGUAUUGUAAUAUUUAAGUUUUUACAUGUUGAGAAUAUGAAUAAUAUUAGUGUGCUUUGUGUAUAUAUAUCGAGAUUGCAUAUUGAAGGUUGUCAGUUUCGGUAUUUUAUGUUGCCAUGGUCACAAAAACUAAUGAAUAUUUGUAUUUUCUUUGUAUGGUGUUAGCAUUCAGUGUUUUUCAGUGGUGUAACAUUAGAUCCAUACUAUGAUGUAGUGGUUCAGCUCCAGCUGGUUCAAUUUUGUAAAUAAACUGGACAUACAUUGUAUUUCA